AUGGAAGCUGAAUGCUCCUCAUCCUUAGCCGUGAAUCAAGAAUUCCGUCAACUUACAAUUUCCGAGAUUCAUUUUGUAACCAAAAACUUCGAUGAGUCAUUGGUAAUCGGGCGUGGGGGUUUUGGAAUGGUCUACAAAGGAACCAUCACAAAUGGAGCAACUCAUUUAGUUGCUGCCAUCAAGCGGCUGGAUUCAACUUCUAAACAAGGAGAAACAGAGUUUUGGGCUGAAGUUGAGAUUCUCACUAAGUUAAGACACUGCCACUUAGUGCCUCUGAUUGGUUAUUGCAACGAUGGGGAAGAAAUGAUCCUCGCAUACGAAUAUAUGCCCCAUGGAACACUUGAAGAUCAUCUCCACAACUUGCAGACUCCUUUAUCUUGGGUGCAACGACUCAAAAUAUGUAUAGGGGUGGCUCGUGGGUUAGAUUACCUUCACACUGGUACGGGUAUAAAGCAUGGAGUUAUACAUCGCGAUGUGAAGAGCUCUAAUAUAUUGUUAGAUGAAAGCUGGAAUGCUAAGAUUUCAGAUUUUGGUUUGUCCAAACUAGGUCCAAUAAAUCAACCUUCCACUUAUGUAAAUACUGUUGUGAAAGGAACUUUUGGAUACCUAGAUCCAGACUACUUCACAACAGGUAGGUUGACUAGAAAGUCUGAUGUGUAUGCCUUUGGGGUAGUUUUAUUUGAAGUCCUUAGUGGAAAACGAGCAGUGGAUAAAAGUCUUGGAGAGGAGCAUUGGGGUUUAGCAAGAUGGGCUCAAGAAUCUGUCAAAGAAGAUAGGCUUGAGCAAAUAGUUGAUUUAAAUAUAAAGGACGAAAUCAUGCGUAAAUGUUUAAAGGAGUUUGCACGUAUUGCAGAUUGGUGUUUGGAUAGAAAUCCCAAGCAACGGCCUUCAAUGGCUGAAGUUGUGGUUUGUCUUGAGUCUGUGCUAGCGUUACAGGAGAAAGCCGGUAACAAGUUGCACCAUGCACGCAUGAGAAAAUUUGGUUGGGCGCAAGUUGUUGCAGAGCUGGGUCCCAUCUUGAAUGCUAGCAGAAACUAUUAUACAGAAAAAUCAAAGUUGAAGUCUGAGAUGAUUAAAGAAAAGUUUGUCAACCAAAUACAGCAAAUUUAUGAUGAGAGCCAACUCGUCAAAAUUGCAAAAGAACAGACGAUGGAUUCAAAUUUACUCACACAGUCAUUUGGGGUGGUAUCUAAGAAACUGAGGAGAACCAAAGAAAAGCACCCUAUUGUCAGGGACAGGACACAGUGGUACCAGGAUCAAAACAUUGAAGAGGACACUUCAUAA